AUGAGGAAUACUCUCGUAUUCGCGGGGAGCUCCUGUCCAGCUCUGACUGGACAGAUAUGCUCGAAUCUGGGCAUGUCUCCAGCACCUGUCGAACUCACACAAUUCGCAAAUGGCGAGACCAGUGUCAAGAUUUUGACAAGCAUUCGAGAAAAGGAUGUGUUCGUUGUUCAGUCAGGUAGCAGUAAGAUCAAUGAUAGCAUCAUGGAGUUGCUCAUCUUGAUCUCGGCGUGCAAAGGAGGCUCAGCAAACAAGAUCACAGCUGUUUUACCGUAUUUUCCAUAUAGCAGACAAUCGAAAAAGAAGUCACAUCGGGGUGCAAUUACAGCACGCAUGCUCGCCAAUCUCUUGAAUGUAGCCGGAGUCAAUCAUGUCAUUACCAUCGACCUCCAUGCCUCACAAAUGCAAGGCUUCUUCAGAUGCCCUGUCGACAAUCUACAUGCCGAACCCUUGAUAGCAAGAUGGAUCAGGCGUAAUGUGCUCAAUUGGCAGGAAGCCGUUUGCGUAUCUAAGAAUGCUGGAGGUACCAAGAGAGUCACGUCACUGGCAGAUGCGUUGAAGCUUAAUUUCGGUAUGGUAACAACAGACAAACGGCGUGGAGGCGGAAACAUGACAGCAAGUAUGAUCAUGAACAGACUCGAUGGAUUCAUUCCUGAGCAAGAUUUGGAUGCGGAUGUCAGCAAGCUCCAGAUUAGUACAGAAGAUCAUGCCAUCCGACGACGUACAAGCAAAUCCGAUGCGACUAGGAUACAGACUGGUUUUCAAGACAAGACAGAGCAGCCUAUACAACAAAACGGCACUUCUCCGCCACGGCCUUCUCACACGAGGCAAGAUAGCAGUCAAUCUUCACCUCGGAAGAGUCAAAUGCCUUCUCCCCUGAGGUCUGCACAUGGUGGGCCAGCACCAGCCAGAUCACCUCUAGUACGAGCACAAACACCAUCGCGAUCUUCACCUAUCGAGGAGGAGCAAGAAUUCACAGAUGAACGAGCUCGUGAUAUUACCCAAGGUAGAUUGGUCCAAGGUCAUAUUGUCCCAGAUGAUUACCCUUCCCCGACGCAAUCUGCCAUGUCAAGUUCCAUGAUAUUGGAAAGGCCGGAAGAGGAUCCAAUGGAAAUGUCACGAAACUCUUCAUUCUUCAACCCUGAAUCGCAUCCAUUGGGAGGCAGCUUAGAUGCAGCAGCGAGCUCAGAUGAAGAAGAGGAGGGUUUCAACAAUCCUGGCCUCGAGCAAAUGAUCACUUUAGUUGGCGAUGUCCGAAACCGGACCGUCUUUAUCGUCGACGAUAUGAUCGAUAAAGCUGGAUCCUGGAUCGCAGCCGCAGAGUGUGUAGUCAAGCGUGGUGGUGCCAAGAGGGUAUACUGCGUCGCAACUCACGGCCUCUUUGGCGGUGACGCCCUUGAAGAGCUGGAGAAAUGUGAUUGUAUCAACAUGAUCAUUGUCACAAAUUCUUUUCCCAUACCUCCAGAGAAAGCUCGCGAGACCAAAAAACUUGUCGUUCUUGAUCUUUCGAAUUUGCUUGCAGAGGCUAUCCGGAGAAAUCAUUAUGGCGAGUCAAUUUCUCCGCUUUUCACACAUACUUACGAUUGA